UAGUGGUUAAGUAGAAUUUACAUGAGGUAGACAGUCAAUGUGUUGGUAAUAACUUGGUAGUACGCUUCUCAAAUUACUUUUGUGAAAGUACCCCACAACAAUGAAUGCUGCGUCUGGGAAUGCGGUCUCCAGUUUCUUCAGUGUCCAAUGAGAUCUUUGAUAGCCCUUUUGGUGUCUGCUUGGGGUGGGAUGUACACAGCCGUGACGAUAAUCCCUGAGAACUCUCUCUUGGAAGGUAAAAAGGGCGGAUUUGAUUACCAAGUAUUCCAAAUCGGGGGAGCAGAAGCUUGCAAGUUCCUGUACGUUUCCCCUGUCGCACCAUAUGUUGGUCAUAAAGCAGAGCCCACCACCCUUCCUCUUGUCAGAGAUCCCGACUCCUCUCACUCAAACUGUAAAACCCACUGGUUGGAUGUAUAUCUAUUUGGAUGUCGGAGAAAAGUCUCCGAAAAACAUUAUGUUGCAGGAUCUGAUGUACCUUCUGGAAGGAGAUCCUCGCUCAAGUUUGUUCAUUAGUGAUUGAACAUUGGUGAGUAGCAUGCUUGAUAAUGGAGGACGGAUUGCCUGGCAUCUUCAUCUCACUAAGACCCUGCCACGUCUGCCUCCCCGUCAGCGUCUUCGCUUCCUGCUCAUCGGUAGGACUCCCAAGCAGCUCGGCGCCUCGUCGAGUGGACAGAUGAAGAGUCCAGAAAAGAGGAAGAGAAAAUCCAACGCUCAGGGGGCCGGUGCCGCGUUCUCCCACCUCUCUGAGUUUGCGCCCCCUCCUACCCCCAUGGUGGACCACCUGGUUGCCUCCAAUCCUUUUGAUGAUGACUUUGGCCCCCCAUCGUUGCCGUCCCGACCUGGUGGGGCUGGAGUUCCAGGAGGGGGUCCAUUCCUCCCGAGCCCCGGGGCAGGUGGAGGAGGGGGGCCUUAUGGAGGCAGGAUAGGCCCCGGGGGCAUGGGCUUCAUGGGGGGCCCUGGGGGAGGCCCUGGAGGACCAGGACGGAGACCGCCCUUUGGCCCAGGACCACCCAACGCAGGACCGCACCACCAGCUGGGCUUUGGGGGGAUGCCUGGCUUUGGGGGUGGAGGUGGCGGAGGAGGUUUCCCAGGACCCGGGGGUCCUUCGCAAUUUAACAUGCCCCCCAAUUUCAGUCCGCCCAUGCACCCGGGACCGGGGUUCAACCCUAUGCUGUCCCCUGGUGGUAUCGGGGGUCCUGGAGGAGGGCCACCGCACCCUCGGUUUGGGAUGCCCCCGCAGCAACAGCACGGACAGGGUGGGCACCCCUUCAACAGCCCCCCUUUGCCCGGGGGCGGAGGACCCAGGGGACCCCCCCAUGGCCCCAUGAACCCCAUGGGGGGCAUGCCUGGUGGGAUGAACAUGAUGGGGGGCAUGGGCGUUGGCCCAGGAGGAAGCAUGGGAGGGAUUCCAGGUUUACCCCCUCAAGGACAGUUCCCUCCCUCACAGGAUGGCCCAUACCCAGGCCUCAGCCCCCCGGGCCCAGGGAACGAUGAGGGGAAGAACUUUGGUGGAGGUGGGCCCCAGUCUGGGCCUCCGCAGCAGCUGCCUAACUUGAACACAUCUGGUCCACCGGGUCCCAACAACACUCCCCCCGGGCCCCCCAACUCUGGCCCUUCCCAGCCUGGAGGAGGCUUCCCUGACCAGCAGCCCAACACGCCCGGCCAGCCCCCCUCAGCACCGCCCCAGUCCAACCCCAACUCCUCCCCCACCGGCCCACUCAACGGCUCCCAGCCCCUGCAGCCGCCACCCAAUCAGCUGCAGGGGCCCAACUCUGCCAACGCCCCCUCUUCCAAUAACCCAUCCCAACAGCAGUCAACUCCGCCGAAUUCUUCCCUUGGAUCCACCCUUUACAACCAGCAGAACAACACCCCUGGUGGAGGCUCCAUGCCAAACGCUCCCCCCAACUCUGCCCAGAACAACAUGACUAACAACAGCAGUGGGGGUAACACCCCCGGCAGCAACCCCAACCCUUCCAACUCUACCCCCAACACUCAGUCUCCGCUGCCCCCCGGCCCCGCUAACCCCUCCACCGGCCCAGGCUCCGGUCCAGGGAAGCUGGGCGGCCCGGGCAUGGUGUUCCCCUGCGGCUUCUGCCUGUCAGAGGUGCACGACGACCAGGAUGCCAUCUUGUGUGAGGCGUCGUGCCAGCGCUGGUUCCACCGUGACUGCACGGGCCUGACGGAGCCAGCCUACGGUCUGCUGACCCGAGAGAGCUCUGCUGUCUGGGCCUGCGACUUCUGCCUCAAGACCAAGGAGAUCCAAGCUGUGUAUGUCCGCCAGGGCUUGGGCCAGCUGGUGGCUGCCAACGAGGGCUGAGGAAUGGAAGGUGGAGGAGAAUAGACUGGGAGGGAGGAAGGGGUGCAGGGGAAGAGGCAUUGACUGCUCUGAUCUCUCUCGGAAUGGCUUUGGGCUGGGUUUCCCAAAAGAAUCGUAGCGCUAAGAUCAUCUUAAUUCCAUUGAAACUCAAUGGACGAAAGAUGAUGUCAGUGCUACAAUGCUUUUGGGAAACCCAGCCCUUGUCUACCCACCAGCUACUCACCCAACCUUAUCUGACAAGCUUUUUACAAUGCUUUAUUAAAUACAUAAACACACACUUACAUGAAGCACUUUUAGUGACUCUUUUGGACUGAACAACUGAUUUUCCCCUACAUGACAAAUGUCCACUCCACAUGAACCCCCCCAGACAUCCGGCCUGCCGACCAGCAAAGCACUGACACCAACACACUACCUCAUACUUUGUGACUGACCGGCAAGGGCCCCUCGCACUGACACACUGACUGACUGACCCCUGGUGAGAGCGUGGUCACCACACAUACCCCUGGUUCUGACCCAGAGCAGAUGAAUCCAAAGGUGAUCCAAACCGCCCCUCAAUGUACUUGACUGCCCUCCCUCCGACACCUCCAGAGAGCAAAUGAAUGGCGCCACAGAAAAGUGUAGAUAUACAGCCUGAACAUUUGCCCAAAACACGUGUCUGUCGAUUUUGGAAUGCAGGAGAAUCAACCAAUGAACGAAAAUAAUUAACUAUAUUAUGUCUAGGUUCUGUCAAUGGACUUUUUGUUUUUAUACAUUGAAUCAACCAUUUUUUUUAUAUAUUUUUUUUUCACUGGACAUGGAAGUUGUGAUAUCAGUGCUGUUUGGAUGGUGUUGGCAUAGCUACAAGUAGUGACGACAUGGUCAUAUCCGAUGUGUGUACUAGUCUUUGGGGUUGCAUGUGAACCAAUGCAGUAACUUUGUCCGAUCUGUUUUUAUUUGCAAUUUGGUCUCUGCUAGAGGCCUCAAAGUAGACCAAAUAACGGCGUGAAAAAUAUCAGUUUUCAUAUUACUGUCAUGGCAGGUGUUUCUAAUUUUUCUUAAAAAUAAAAAAUCUGUUCAAUUUGC